AUGUCGUCUGCGGCUGAAUUCAGGAAGUCCCGGCUUCUCGUCGGGAGCAACGUAGCUGAUCCUAUGCGGCGGCGCCGCUCUCGCGUCGUCUUCCACAGGAGGCGGAGCAGAGGCGACCUAGCAGCUGAUGCCAAACCGGUGAGGAAGUUCAGUGACGAGUGUAUCGAGGUGGAGUACGUACGAUGGUUUCGACGGCGGCCGGUGUAUGACAUAACUUUCGAGGCGGAGGACGACGUCGGACAUGGUGGGUUGGACGACGUCGAAGGGACCCACGUCUUCCGGCAGCGAGGUGGCACAUGGCAGACGUCGCUGGAGAACCUGUGGAAUCGGGACUCACGUCUUCCAGCAGUGCCCUUGGUUUUAGACGUUGCCGGAGCACCUGUGGAAUCGAGAUUGACGCGGCAGCGUACAGACGGCGGCUCUGGUCCUGGAGUUGGAGCGGCGGCGGACAUUGGAGGAACGGCAGGGAUCCCAAUUUGCCUAGCUCUUUUUUCUUUCUUCCUCAUCAGAAUCUUUCCUCUGGAAUCUCUCACCAAUCCACCUCCGUCUAGACUGUUCACUGUGGAGGAGUUGGCUCUUUACAAUGGAACCGAUCUUGCUUUACCUAUUCUUCUUGGAAUUUUGGGGUCCGUCUUUGAUGUAAGUAAAGGCAAAAGCCACUAUGGAGACGGAGGCAGCUAUAACCAUUUUUCUGGGAGGGAUGCUUCCCGUGCAUUUGUCUCCGGAAAUUUCACAGGAGAGGGACUUACAGAUAACCUACAUGGCCUGUCGAAAUCUGAGGUGAAAAGCAUCGUGGACUGGCGAGAAUUUUACUUCAAGACAUAUACAUUUGUGGGUAAGUUGGUUGGCCGUUAUUAUGACAAAGAAGGAAAGCCCACGAAAUACUUGAAGGGCAUAGAAGCAAAGGCGGCUAGGGGUUCUCAGCUUCUCGAGAAACAAAAGAAAAAAGAGGCGGAAGUCGCCAGCUGUAACUCAAAAUGGAGCCAGGAAGAAGGUUCGGAGGUGUGGUGUGAUGAAGGCUACCCGAGGCUAGUUCAGAGACCUACCGAAAUAGCAUUGACCGGGAAAAUGAGCCGGCGUUGUGCUUGCUUCAAAGAAUCAGAACUGGGCCAGACGGGUUUGGAGGUCUAUGAAAGAUGUGAUUACUUUUCAAAGAAAUGCAAACUGUAGUUGUGGCUGCCAAAUGAAAACUUGCAGUAUUUAAGUGGUUAAUGAUAAAAAAAUACUAAUGUAUAAUACAAGUUAAAUUGAAAGUUGUGUACUACAAGCCGCUCACAAUUGUUUUGCCAUUGUCUUUUUGGAAAUAUGAAAGAUCCACUUGUACUUGUGACUUAGUUAUAGUGAGGUGACCUGUUCAGGGUCACAGUCGAAAUCGAACCAGUUGGUCCGGACUGUUUGUUAGAACAGUGGUUUUUUUUUUUUUGUUUUCAUUUGAAGAGGUGAAUUAUUAUUAUAUUGGACCUCAACUUUCU